CUGAUCGAGCUCCUCAGGAAGCUCUUUUUGGAGUAGCUCACAGAACGGUUAAAGUUCACGUUUUUUAGGUAGGACAGCGCACUGAUCAGGAUCCGUGCAUCUCUUCUCAGGACAGCGGCUCUGGCAGGCUGCCUUAAUUCCAUCUGCGGCACUCCUCUGAUACAAUUGCAUAUGUAUGUAACUCACCACAUUCUAUGACACACUACCAGUAGUGUACUACAAUUCACCACAACUCAUUACAUCAUUCCCUGAUCACAUGUUAGUCAUGCCACAGAGCUCAAGCCUCAGAGAGCUCGAAUCAGCUGGUGAUUGAACGUGAAAAAACGUGCGCAAAAGAUUGUGGAUGUCAAUUCUGAGAGCUGACGAGAGAUCCUAAGGUGGAGAGAGAUUGUCAGGACUGGGUUGCUUGGAGGCACCGCAACAGGUGUCCACGAAUCAUAUUGCGAGUUGACCAGCUACUUCUGCCUCUCUUCUUUUGAAGUGGUGCAGCAUUGCUAGCCAGUUGGAACAAGCACGGAGAAUGGCAGCUACAGGCCCUUUCCUGAGGCUAGCAGUCCCAGACGCCGAAGAAGGGAGGGCACCUCCAAGGGUUGCUGGCAGCUCUGACAGUCCAUUGUACAGGAAGCGCGUUACAGAGAUUGAGCAGAUUUCAAGCUCUGCUGGCAUGGACCUGCCUCAACCCUCCAGUCCACAUGGGCCAGAGAGUGACGCAGCCAUCUUUGCAGCGGUGUCGUUCCGACAGAGACUACGCAAGUACCUGGAGGUGUCACGGGCUGGUCUGUUCCUUGACCUCUUCUCGACGGGGCUGAGCAUGCUGGCAGUCCUGCUGUACAUAGUUGAGACGUAUCGAGUGGAGCCUUUCUCAGGGGACGUUGUCAACUGGUCCGCUUGGGAGUUCGUUGUCGAGUUCGUCAUCUCUAGCUUCUUCCUGCUGGAGUACCUUCUAAGGUUCUACGUCGCAGAAAACCGCCUCGUGUACGUCUUCAGCUUGGCGGGCAUUGUUGAUGUCCUGACCAUCGUUCCCACCUUCCUUGCUGCAAUUCAAAACGCGAGUACAACGCUCAACUUCCUGAGAGUGGUCCGGAUCCUGCGGAUCACUCGCGUCUUGCGAGUGCAUCGUCUGCUGAGCCGCACCGAUGCAGAGGUGCACCGCAAGGUGAUGAUGCUGGCGUAUACGGUCGUCUGCACGAUCUUUGUGACGGCGGGCCUGCUCAAUAUCGCGGAGCGGCGGCAGCAUCUAUCCUUCCUGAACGCGGUCUAUCUUACGUGCAUCUCGCUGAGCACCAUAGGCUAUGGGGACAUCCAUCCAGAGUCUGAUGCUGGCAAGGUCAUCAUCCUGGGCAUGCUCGCAGUCAUCUUUAUCGUGUUGCCGUAUCAGACGACAUCGCUCUUCAACCUGCUCUCCCUUAGUUCACUCUACGCGCGCAUCUGGUACCGUCCCCUGCGCACAGGUAGCCACGUGGUGCUCUGCGGAAACCUUACAACCAGGGGAGUUUCAGACUUCAUCACCGAGUUCUUCGACAAAGACCAUGGCUUUGGCGACCAGGACCUCGUCCUCUUGGCCCCACAGGCCCCCUCGCGGCAGCUGGAGCUGCUGAUGCGCGCGUCCGUGCACAGCCGGCACAUGCAGUACGUGGAGGGAUCCCCCAUGUUCGCCAAGGACCUGCGGCGCGCCGCCGUCGAGCGCGCGAGCGCGUGCUUCUUCCUGACCGACAAGUUCUGCCACGACGCGAGCGAGGAGGACAGCAGCAGCAUCAUGCUCGCGCUCGCUGUGCAGCAGUACCUCACGGACCACGCCAACAGCACGGGAGCGACGCACAGCGACGCACAGGUGCGGCUUUCCGUUCCGGCCUUUUCUGGUUCCGUUGCGUGCCAAUUUUGGUUCUGCCACGACGCGAGCGACGAUGACAGCAGCAGCAUCAUGCUCACGCUCGCCGUGCAGCAGUACCUCAAAGACCACGCCAACAGCACGGGAGCGACGCACAGCAGCAACAUGCUCGCGCUCGCCGUGCAGCAGUACCCCAUCGACCACACUAACAGCACGGGAGCGACCCACAGCGACGCAAGCGACGAUGACUGCAGCAGCACCAUGCUCGCGCUCGCCGUGCAGCACUCCCUCAAAGACCACUCCAACAGCACAGGAGCGACGCACAGUCCCCGGCUUAUCGUCCAGCUCCUGAAACCCGAGAACCGCGAGCACCUGAUUGCCAACAUGGCAGUGCACAGCGGGCUGGAGCCGGCGUGCCUGAACGGUCACGACGUCGUCUGUGUGAAUGAGAUCAAGCUCGCGCUGCUGGGCGCCGCUUGUCACACGCCGGGGCUGAGCACACUGAUCACCAAUCUCUGCAUGUCGACCAGGGUGUCACGCAAGAGCAGCAAGCACCGGGAGCCCUGGCAGCAGGAGUACAUGCACGGGGCCACGCAGGAGAUCUACCGGACGCCCCUAUCCGCAGGCUUCAAGGGCAUGCGCUUCGAAGAGGUCGCCGCUUUGGUCUACGAGGGCUGCGGCUGUCUUCUCAUCGGGCUGGCCGUGAUGGGCGAGAGCUUCGAAGCAGGCGACCGCGAAAUCCUGCUAAACCCCUGGGGUUUCGUGAUCGAAGACGUGCGGCGAACCCUGGGGUUUAUCGUCGCGCAGGACGUGGGCGCGUCGCUCGUCGUCGCGCACUUCGGGCUGAAAAUAAGCCCCAAGAAGAUACUCCCGGACGCGUACCUGGCUCCGCAGUUUUCCCCCGAAUGGGACGUUCAUCGGACGUACACCCGCCGAGAAGACUUUGAAGCCGACGCAGAGCGCUUUCAAGACUCUAGUCCCCGGGCUUCCGUCCGGCCUCCUAGACCGCCGGAACGGAACCCAAAGCGGCGAAGCUCCGACGGGAUCUUGCAUCGGAUCAACUCGUUUGGAAAGCUGUCUGCAGCAAAGUUGUCCGCCCUCCACCUGUUCCGCGACAAGCCCCCCCUUCCGGUCAAGACCGCCAAGCUCCCCCCCGCCGCGAUCCCGAGCGCGAUGAACCUCGCCCUCACCGCGCUGCGCACCCGUAGCUUUAUUCCGGCGACCCCCGACCUGAAACCCCCUAGCCGCAGUCGCCCCACCACGCCAAAGCCCGGGACGGCGACCCCCCGGGACGAACAGCGGCCGCCGAAAAGCGCCCUGUUUCGUUUCGGGGGGGUCCGCGCGUCCGCGGACCUGGACGACGAGGUCGGGCUGCUGGAGCGCCGCCCGUCGCAGCGGCCGUCGCGUCAGAGUGACGUCAGCGUCGCGGCAGAGGCGCCACGUGGCAGGCGGAUCAGCGGCGCGGAGUCGGAGAGGGAGUACUGGGACCGGGCGGCGCAGGAGCCCCUGGAAGCUCUCGGGGAACUGUACCACCUAGACUCGGAGGGCAACCCGUUGGAGGAGUGCCGUCUCGGCCGCGUGACAUUCGACGGCCACGUGGUGGUGUGCGGUCCAGUGGAAGGGCUGUUCCAUCUCAUCGCCCCGCUGCGCCGCAAGACGCUCGACAAGCUGCGCCCGAUCGUCAUUAUGGACGACGUGCUUCCGCUGCGCGAGCAGGCAAGCGAUGCGUUCCGUUCAUUUCCGUUCCGUUCCUGGGAGCGGCUGUCUAUCUUCCCGGGGCUGUACUUCUUCCAGGGAUCCCCCCAGAGCACGGACGACCUGAUGCGCAUGAACCUGCAAGGCGCGUCCGGCGCAGUCAUUCUGUCCAAGAGCUACGGACCCGGACGAGAGCGGCUUGAGUACAUGUUGGAUGCGGACACCAUUUUUACGUUCCAGCACUUCAAGGCGAUCAACCCGUCGCUCGAGGUGCAAUGUGAAUUGGUCAGCGCCGCAAACCUGGCUUUCCUCCUGCCGGGCCCGGCGCGCGCUGUCGCCAUCUCCGCGCACGAACCGCAAUCCGCGCCGCCUUUCGCGGCGGGACGCGUUCUCAUUGGCCAGAUGCUCGACCGGCUGCUGCCGCAGACGUUCUACAACGGCGAUCUCCAGCUCAUCCUCCAUCAGUUACUGGUGGGCGUUAAAGGUUCGUCGCCGGUCGGUAACGGCGCAUCCCAGCCCACGUUUCCGUCCAAGGGCGUCUGCAUCCGGCAGGUUCCGGUUCCGCCCGCCUUCUACGGCCGGACGUACGGAGAGCUCGUGGCGCACAUGGUCCGGACGGAGAAGCAGCUGUGUCUCGGGCUGUACCGGCAGGGAGAAGAGAACACUGGGAUGUUUCCAUAUGUCUGCACGAACCCGGUGGCGAGCACCAUCGUGGCGGGCGACGACGUCAUCUUCGUGAUCGCGCACGUCAGCGUGACGUCACCGGUGGAGGAUAUGGACCGCCGGACACCGCAAGGGGCCCCUUCCAGCUCGGUGUGGAGCCUCGUCACGGCGAGCCGGGUGUUGGCCAAGGUGACCGGGGAAUACAAACGAGGCCAAGAGUUCAGGCUGCGAAAAGUAGGCGCAAGCGAGGAUAACAUAGCCGGUCUGAAUACGAAGAAGCGACUGACGAGAGUAGGUAGCAUGCCAGAGCGGCAACUAGCGGCGGCAGCUUUAGGUAUCGCACGCAGCGGUAGUGUUGAGGAUGAUGAGGUCGGCGUCGAAGGGCCGAGCGCGGAUGUCGAGCGGAAGGAGGCCCGGCAAGCGGAGCCGGGGAACGCUGAAGUGAUGCAAAUGAUGAGAGAAAUCAUGAGCGGCGUUGAGGGGAUCAAAGAGCAGGUACUCGAGGAGAUAAACAGCUUGAAGAAAGAGAUCAGCAGCCUCAAGAAGCAGGUAACAUGGACGCGGUUCGACCAGAACACCCAAAACUCGCUUCUCUACUAACUGAAUUCGGGCCAAAGGAGAAAGAGGACGGACGAUUACAUGUUCGGGUAGCGGAGUAAUGCCGCGCAUGCUUAAUAUGUCAUGUAUGGUAGAGCUACUGAAAGGCGCAUCUUCAGAUUACUGUAUAUCGACAAGCCCG